UUUUUUUUUUUUUAUUUUCACUCGUUUUUUUAAAACAAAAAUAUUAGUUUUUUAAAAACAUUUGCAAAUCAACCGAGCUAUAUAGAAUUACAAUCGCAAUUUCAUUUCAUUUUACAUAAACACAACGCAUAAAUCUGAAGUUGAUAUCAUCAAAGAUAUUGUUCGAUUCGAGUUAUCAAUCAAGAUAUGGCCAUUCAAUAGUGUAUUGUAUUCAUGAGCUCAAAACUACGAUCGUUGUCCUUUUUUUCACACAUUUCUGUCGUCACAUCAAAUUGGAAAAUAAACAACGAAAUCAUCAACAUUUCAGUCUAAAUUGUCACCAUUCAAAAAUCGAAUGAUUUCAAUUCAUUUUUGUUCUUUGCUCGUCCAGCAAUUUGAUUUGAUUUGAUUUUGAACAUUACAUUUGCACACCAGCAAAAAUCCGAAAUUAGCAGAAAUGUUACCAUUGAAGAAAAGUUUGGUCAUGUUAUCGAUUCUUGUGUCAUUAAUAAUCAUAAUUGAUUAUAAUGUUCAAGGUAUGAUUGUACCUGGUCAUGAUAAUUCGGUCAAUGGAUGGACGUUGAGUAAUGUGACGACAACAAAUUCACUAAAAGUGAGUCAUUCACACUCUCCUUUACAUGAUCAUACGCUUUUCAGUACCAUUCAUAUGUUGCGCUUUUUAAAUCCAAAAUUAUUAGUUAAAGAAUACAAUACAGCAAUGAGAGGUAAAGCAUCAUGGCUUACAUGUCAAGUUUGUUCAGCUGCUGUUGGAUUGAUACGUUUAUAUCCAAGUCUUUCGACCGUACAGACAAUAUUUAUCAAUGUUUGUUCGUUAGGCUACGAAGAAUAUCGAGUUUGUGAAGGUCUAAGCCAAUUGUUUGGUGAAGAAUUAAUCUACAUUUUAAUACAUUCAACAUUAUCACAUUCAGAAGUUUGCGGUCUUGUUAUUGGUACAAGUUGUAUGCCAAAUAGUGCACGAUAUCCAUAUAGUGAUAAAUGGAAAUUACCACUUUUACCAUUGUCCAAUGAUGUUACCAAUGUUCUUCUAGAUCUCGAACAUCGACAAAAGUGGCGAGAAGAAAAUGCAUUGCAAGUUGAGCAAAAUGUAUCCACAAUUCUUCAUUUGUCCGAUCUACAUUUGGAUAUUUAUUAUCAACCGAAUGCACCAGCUGCAUGUAGUGAACCAUUAUGUUGUCGCGCAACAAGCACGGCCAAUAAACGAAGCCAUGCCGCUGGUAUGUGGGGCAGUAUGGACAAUUGUGAUUCAGUACUUCGAACUAUUGAAAAUCUUCUGGCAACAAUCUCACAACAUCAUUCGGAUCAAUAUCGUUAUCUAUUGUUGACCGGUGAUUACAUACCACAUGAUAUUUGGAAUACAACCAAAGAUGAAAUUGUCCAUACAACACGAACAUUCAAUGCAUUGAUCAAGAAACAUGUUCCCAGUGAUAAAAUUAUCAUACCCGUGAUUGGUAAUCAUGAAUCACAUCCAGUGGAUCAAUUUUGUCCAGAAGAUCUGAACAGACAAUUUUCAAGUCAAUGGCUUUAUGAAGAAUUAUUACAACAAUGGAAACAAUGGAUACCAUCCGAAUAUCAUGAAACAUUUCGCCAAUUUGGUUAUUAUGCUGUAGUCGACGGCAAGGCACGUUUCAUUGUUAUGAAUAUGAAUUAUUGUGCUCGACUCAAUUUUUGGAAUGUAUUGCGCUAUCUGGAUAUGGGUGAUAUGUUACAUUGGAUACAACGAGAAUUGCAGAAUGCCACAUUAGCCGGUCAAUACGUAUAUCUUGUUGGUCACAUUGCACCGGAUGAAGAUGAAUGUUUCACACAUUGGGUUGUCACAUAUCGCAAUAUCAUUGAAACAUAUAAGAAUAUCAUUCGUGGACAAUUUUUCGGCCACACACAUCUAGAUGAAAUACGUAUUUAUUAUUCAAAUCAACCAAAUGAUCCAGAGCCUAUUGGGGUUGCCUAUCUAGCGCCAAGUGUAACUACUUAUCUAAAUGUAAUGCCAUCAUUCCGUUUCUAUUCAACGGACCCUGAAAAUGGUCAACUCAUCGAUCAUAUGACAUAUUAUCUGAAUCUAACCAAAGCAAACAUGGACGAUAAACAAUUCAAACCAUUCGAAAAAUAUGAACCAAUUUGGGAUUUUGAAUAUAAUGCACGUGACUCAUAUAAUAUGACAUCAUUGUCGCCAAAAUCAUGGCACCAAUUUAUUGAACAAGUUUUAGUGAAUCCUAUUUAUCUACGGCGAUAUUAUCAACAUUAUGGCCGUUAUAAUCAUGAUCAAACGGAUACAAAAUCAAUUUCAUCAAUGAUUAAUGUGAUCGAUAAAGUUUUUGUUCGUGUUUAAAAUAUCUCGCUCACUCACUCAUGUUUUUCUCUCAUUCAUCAAAUUUUCAAAUUUCUCUUUCACUUUUUUGUUUUUAUAAAUCUAAGCAAUAAUAAAUGAUGAUGAUCAAAUUCAACUCUUGCAAUGACCUUGCAAAGAUGUGGGCAACAAAUCAUCCAAUUUCUAUUA